AUGCCUUCGACAAGCGAGCUAUCAGACCCCAAAGAGUACCAGAAGAUCUUUCACUGGGCAGAGACGCAAAAGGAUGGCACAAUCCCGUCGUUCAACACGAGGCGAAAUGACCCUUAUGAGUAUCAAGCCGGCUUUGGCAACUCGUUCGUGUCGGAGGCUGUCCCUGGCACCAUUCCACAGGGCCAGAACAGCCCCCGUAAUGUGCGCUUCGGUCUGUAUGCGGAGCAGAUCACAGCCAGCGCCUUUAUCGCCCCGCGACACUGCAACAAGAAGGCUUGGCUGUAUCGGGCGCGUCCGGCCGUGGCGCACCAGGGGUUUACCGACCUCCCCGACAACAAAGACACCGAGGCGAACUUCCUCCCGAUGAACCCUCGCGUGCACGUCUCACCCACACAGCUCGCCUGGUUCCCCUUCGACAUCCCCAGUUGCGAGCAGGUGGAUUUUGUCGCGGGCCUCAAGACGGUGGCCGGGUCCGGCGAACCCACGCUCCGCGAAGGACUGGCCACCCACGUCUACGCCGCCAACGCCAGCAUGACCAAGAAGGCCUUUGUGAACUCGGACGGCGAGAUGCUGAUCAUCCCGCAGCAGGGCGCCCUGGACAUCCAGACCGAGUUCGGUCCGUUGUUCGUGCAGCCCGGCGAGAUCGUCGUCAUCCAGCGCGGCAUCCGCUUCCGCGUGGAGCUGCCCGAUGGGCCGUCGCGCGGCUACAUCCUGGAGAUCUGGGGCAGCCAGUUCGAGCUGCCCGAGCUGGGGCCGCUGGGUGCGAACGGGCUGGCCAACGCGCGCGACUUCCUGGUGCCCACGGCCCGGUACGAGAUCAAACAGGAACCGUGGGAGAUUGUGUACAAGCUUGGUGGGAAGUUUUUCCAAAGCACGCAGAACCACAGUCCGUUCGACGUGAUCGCCUGGCAUGGUAACUAUAUCCCGUAUAAAUACGACCUGACUAAAUUCGUCAACGUUGGAUCCAUCUCGGUUGACCACAUCGAUCCGUCCAUCUUCUGUGUCCUCACGGCCAGGUCCCGCGACUUGACAGCUCCGCUGGCGGAUCUGCUUAUUUUCUCCCCCCGGUGGGAUGUCGCAUCUCAUACCUACCGCCCUCCAUACUAUCACCGCAAUGCCGCCUCGGAAUUGAUGGGUCUGAUCUACGGCGACUACGGCGGCCGCUCCGACGCUUUCCAGCCGGGAAGUAUCUCGUUUGAAUGUGGAAUGGUCCCCCAUGGCGUCGCCUACGAAGAAUUCCGCGAGGCCACCGAAUCCGCCCCGCCGGCCAUGCAAAUCUCCCAGGCCUCGAUGGCGUUCAUGUUCGAGUCGAGCCGCCCCUUCACCAUCACCGAGUACGCGUGGGCGAGCGAGAAGAGGCACGAGCAUGAGCCCAAGAUGUGGGAUAAUCUGGUGGAUCAUUUCUCGGAGCAUGCGAGGGAGGUCGAGGAGGCGUUGGCUGCUGCUGCUGCUGCUAGGAAGAGGUGA